GGGCGGCACGUGCCACGUGGUAUGUUGCGGCAGCGGCGUAGGUCGUUCUGUCGUAGUGUCGUAUGACUGUAUGAUUACUCUUGCGCAGCUCGAUUAUUCUUAGUGUGCCGUCGAUGGCGGAUUCGGCGGACGGCGGUGCGAGACACGAGGAUUCGGCGAGCGACAACUGACAAGUGACAACUGUGAAGUGUGAACUGAGCUAAAUACUAUAAUAUGUUCGUGGAACUGAGUAACUGACAAGUGACAAGUGACAACGGUGACCACGUAAUCACUAAUCAUGAAUCACGUCAACGAAACUAAAAAAAUAGUACCCGCGUGACGUGUGUGCGCGCGAUGUGUUCGUAGAGUUCAACGGCGUCGCGGUGUACAGUAAUAUGUUCUAUGGGCUGACGAUAUAGAAUUAAUAAUCUAUAUUUAACAUUAUGAACGUCGUUGACUCUGUCUGUCUAUCGUAUCCAUUUCCGUGAUCUCUCUCACACGAAGCUUAAUUUAUCAUUAAUUUAUCGAUAUUAAGUGGGAUGAUGAGGUAUACGAUUUCUGCACACCGUUCAAUUCAUUUGACAAUUUGACGCCAGCAACCAACAAGACACAAUAGUAUACAAUGAAAAUGCACACGUAUUAUACCAAAAAAUGUAUCGAUAACUUGUUUAACAAUGUUUUUUAUAACACAUGUGAAGUUUCGUUGAUACAAUUAACUGCAGAAGACAUUGCAAAUUAUAAAUUGAGCUUAAUUAAGACAUGUAAGACAAGACAUGUUAAACAAGAUAAGACAUGUAAAACCAAUAUAACAUCUAAAGAUGAUAAAAAUUCAAAAGUCGUUACAACAUCUAACUACAGUAAUACAUCUAUAGAUGGCGAGCCUGCUAAAAAAAAGCAGAAGUUAGACACAAAUGGAAUAGAUGUUUUGAAAUUGGUAUUAUCUAGAGAGGGUCAAACUCAUAAAUUUAAAUCACAAUUCAAGUCUGCAUUCAAAUCCAAUAAAGAAAUUGCUUCUACCAUUGCUGAGGAGAUACCCAUGUUAAUUGAUUGUGAUGAAUUUACUGAAUCUGAAAAUUCCUCAGCUAAAAAUCUAAAACCAAGGAUCUGGGUCAUCGAUCCCAAGAAAAUGAUGGAUACAAAUAAUUACAUUAGGUGGAUGAAAAUGAUUUCUCCUGAUAAUAAAUCCAAACAUCCAACAGAUCACCUGAAAAAGUUAGCAGAUGCUAAACCUAUACAUCCUAAACCAUCUUCAAAUAGUACCAAAGUAAAUGGAAUUAAACACCCUAAAAAUGUCAAAAAUCAUGUAAGAGUGCUACGCGAAAGAUUGUAACAACUGUACAAGAAAAAUAUGACAACAACGGUGAAAUACUCUUCCCGUAGCUGCCAACAACUUGACUGGUAUGCCUGUCAUAUAAAUGACUGUGAUCGACUGCUAAGCAGACUCUACCCUAAACAUUCCAUUAAAUACGUAUAUAUUAUUAUUUCAAUGUUGUAUAAUUAUAUUAAAAAUUUUUCAUGACUUUAUUUUUAUUUAAAAAAAAAAUUGUAUUAUGCCUUUAUAUAUUAUAUUGAUUAUUAAGUUUGUAUAAUUAAUAUUACGGUUGAUUAACUAUUAUGUUUAAUCUAAUAUUGCUACAUAGUUUUUAGGAUUUUUAUGUUCUUUUUUUUUUAUUUACAAUUGUUAUUGUUUGUU